AUGGAUGCCUUCUUUGGAACAUGGAAAAUGAAAGACAGCGAUGACGUGAGUGCCAUAGCUGAAAGCCUGGGGGCCAAAAUAUCUAAAGAGCAAUUGGCCCAAAUGUCGAAGUCGUCCAUGACCUUCUCACGUGCCGACGACGGUUACUGCAUGCAUAUAGAUGUCGGUACAAAAACCCACGAUACGAAAUUCAAGCUGGGCGAGGAGUUUGAGCACACUACAUUGGAUGGACGGCACGUUAAGGCAAGAUCCUCCCCUCUGUUACUUCCUUUUCAAUGCUUGUGUUACUGAAAUAUCUCUAAGUUAAGUCAGUGCUGUUUAACCCAAAAGAGCUCAAAGCCAGCUGCGGCUACUUAUUUUAAUCAGAGGAGACAGCAAUGCAAUUCUCACUGUCCCCAGUUACGUGAUUCCGUUUUGAAAAUUCAAAGAUGGUUGACAACAAACGGGCAAAUUGUUUGAUACUGACUGUAAUGCUCAUUUUCCGGAACACAUUAAAUGAAAUGCUGUGCAUAACUAUAUGUAUACGUAGUAUGUCUGCUUUCGAAAAGUUAGGAAAUUCAAAUCGUGGUUUCAGUGACUGCUCCAUCAUUCUCGCUUGUUUCGUUAAAUUCCGGGCAAAUGACUGCGAUGAUGGAUGACAGAAAAUAUAGACAGAGAGUAGUUUUAAAAACAAAGCACUUAUGCUCAUAUACUUUUCAGAUGCUCAUAAAACUGGAAGGCAAAAAGUUGACAAUUGAUCAGAAAGGAGACAAAGACAUGCUCAUCGAGAACGUUGUGGAUGGUAAUAAUUUAACCAUGGUAAGUAUCAGUCUGUCCGUACGCCCCUUCUUUAAUGUAGCAGAUGAUAGGGGCUUUCGCAUGUAACGAGCGUGAAGAGCAAGAAUGCGUGAAUUCCCCCUACCAUAAGCGGCUGGCCAGAUUUCACGAACGGCACGCUACCAGAACAAAACCCUGACAAACAACUGCAAGAGACAAUGAAACCUGCCUGAUUCAUAAAUUAUUGUGUCUUAAAAAGUUGCUGGCUGCCGUAGUGGACAGCAUAUAUGUCGUUGAUGGGAUUUCACUUAUUUCGUGGGGCCUUCGAAGAACACUGGUGGAGGACUCGAAGGUUCAAAAAUCAGAAGGCAAAAAUGACAGUUAUAUGGACGUAUUUUACUGAGAUGAUGGAAAUGCACAAUGAAGAAGCUUGCGACUGCCUCAGGUACAAAUCGGGGGAUUAUGGUGUGUGCGGCUGCGAAAUAAGAUCCUACCGCUGAGGAAAGAGCGAGGGGGAUUGAGUGAAACUGGGAUUUUCAUUUGGUCAGAGUGUUUUCAGUCAUUUCCCUUGCCGAAAUUUCGCCCAGCAGCGAACUCAUUCUCAAAUCUCCGUUUUUUUCCAUUUUGCAGACAAUGAAAGUGGGUGACGUCUCUUGUGUUCGACACUACAUCAAGGCUUGA